AUGCUGCCUCCUCCCUCCCUGUGCCUCAAGACUGCCGCUUCUACCUCACCAAAAUAUCUUAGAGAUAUUAACAAAUCAUUUCCGCAGUUUGGUCUCACCGGCUUUGUGAUAGACGACCUGGUUGGGGUUUUGGCGGGAGCAUAUGGCUGGAACAUCACCAGCGUCCCUAUGGACAAAUUGACGAUUUCUUUGAAAGUCUUAUUUUCAUCGCAAUGGUUCUUCUGUCUAGCGGUAGCAGCCUUUCGUCUGGCCAUUCUGUGUCUGUACCUGGAACUAUUCCGGGGCGACUGGUUCCGCCGGUGCACAAUCGCAACAAUAGCGCUGGUUACGCUCUACUGGAUCGCAUCGGUGUUGACUAUCGCUCUCCUCUGCCGGCCUAUAAAUGCCAACUGGGAUAUCACCAUCAGUAGGACAUGCGGAGACAUAACCAAGGUGGAAUUUGCCUCAGGGAGCUUCAAUCUCACGGUCGACCUGUUGAUCGUUUCGUUACCGAUGCCGGUUGUGUGGGGCUUGAACAUGCCCAAGGAGAAGAAAAUUGGUGUCACUACGGCCUUUCUACUGGGUUUGAUAACGGCUGGUGUGAACAUUGAACGGAUCAUCCAAACCAAGACAUGCGACGGGGCCAACAUAACAUAUUGCGCACUGGAUGCGUCGAUACUGUGCAUGGCUGAAAUCACCUGCGGCAUUAUGGUUUCCUGUGCACCGACCUUGGGCCCGCUCUUCUUCCGGUCGCGCGUCCAGAUCGCAAAGCCUCCCGAGGUGGCUCGGCGAGGCCUCCGAACCUUUGGGUCUAUUGGGCGAUCUUUGUCACGUCGGAAGCAGCGUGUUGAUACUGUCGCGCUGCUCGGCUCACUACAUGAUGAGCUCGAACGGGGUGGUGAAGGCAUAGGCCCCCAGCAGAUGGCACAUCUUCCUUCUCCAGGUGUGUUUUACCAGACCAACCCGAGUCAAAUUACAAUGCCAAACAGCUUGUCGGGUGUGCAAAACGUUUCUGCAGAAAUGUUGGUAUAG